AUGAGGAGCCGUAGUAACUCUGGGGUGAAACUCGACAAUUAUGCGCGGAUGGUUACGAAAACAAUACUUCGUCACCAGGAUCCGGUGACGGGGCUUCUCCCAAGGGACCCGGAGACCCACCAUGCCUGGGUCCGGGACAAUGUCUACGGCAUCCUGUCUGUGUGGGCCCUCAGCCUGGCCUACCGCAAGAACGCUGACCGAGAUGAGGACAAGGCGAAGGCCUACGAGCUGGAACAGAAUGUAGUUAAACUCAUGAGGAGCCUGCUGCAGUGUAUGAUGAGGCAGAUUGACAAAGUGGAGAAGUUUAAAUACAGCAAGAACAAAUCUGACUGCCUGCACGCCAAGUAUGAUUCCCAGACAACUGCCACGGUGGUGGGAGACGAUGAGUGGGGUCACCUGCAGGUGGAUGCCACCUCCAUAUUCCUGCUCUUCCUGGCCCAGAUGACUGCAUCAGGCCUUCACAUCGUCUACACUCGGGAUGAGGUGGACAUCAUCCAGAAUCUUAUGUUCUACAUCGAGGCUGCGUAUAAAGUGGCAGAUUUUGGAAUGUGGGAACGUGGGGACAAGACAAACCAGGGGAUCCCGGAGAUCAACGUCAGCUCAAUCGGCAUGGCGAAAGCUGCACUUGAGGCCCUGGAUGGCCUCAAUCUGUUUGGCGCCAAGGGGGGUCAUGAAUCUGUAGUCCAUGCAUUAGCUGAUGAUAUUCAGCGCUGCACGUCGAUCCUUAGUUCCAUGUUGCCAAGAGCUUCCACGUCCAAAGAGGUGGAUGCUGGGGUUCUGUCCAUUAUCUCGUACCCAGCGUUCGCUGUGGAAGACAUUGACAUCGUUAAUAUGACCAAGGAGGAAAUCAUUUCCAAGUUGCAGGGGAGAUAUGGAUGCUGCAGGUUCCUCAGAGAUGGACACAAAACCCCCAAAGAGAACCCCAGUCGCAUAUAUUAUGAGUCAUCUGAGCUGAAGCUCUUUGAGAAUAUUGAAUGUGAGUGGCCACUUUUCUGGACUUACCUCAUUCUGGAUGGGAUCUUCAUCAACAGCCCUGAGCAGGUCCAAGAAUACAGAGAUGCCCUGGAGGCUAUUAUGAUCAAACAGAAGGAUGGCCUUAGCCUAUUGCCUGAGCUCUAUAGUGUCCCUGCAGACAAGGUAGAUGAGGAGUAUGUGAAUCCCCAUUCUGUAGAGAGAGUUCCCAUGGGCAAGUUACCUCUGAUGUGGGGACAGUCUCUGUACAUACUGGGAAACCUGAUGGCUGAUGGUUUUUUAGCCCCAGGAGAGAUUGAUCCUCUGAACAGACGGUUGUCCACUGUAUCCAAACCUGAUGUUGUGGUUCAAGUGUCCAUCUUAGCUGAGACGGACCACAUCAAACAUCUGUUGAUGAAACAAGGGAUAGAUGCUGAGACCUUGGAGGACUUCCAUCCUAUCAGAGUCCAGCCCUCCAGGGUGUUGAGCCACAUCUAUGCAAGGCUAGGUCGCAACCAGAGACUAGGCCUCACUGGGAGACCAUACAGACGCAUUGGCAUUCUGGGGACAUCAAAAUUCUACAUCAUCCGUGACACCGUCUUCUCCUUCACCCCUCAGUUCAUUGAUCAUCAGGAAUUCUACUUGGCAUUGGACAACCACAUGAUAUUGGAGAUGCUUCGUAAUGACCUUUCCUACCUGGCUUCCUGCUGGAGAAUUACCGGCUGUCCCACGGUCUCCUUCCCUAUCUCAUCCAAUAUGCUCACUGAUGACCAUGAAGAGGUGGACCCUGCAGUACUAGCCGUUCUGAGAAAACUGCAAGAUGGUUAUUACGGAGGAGCGAGGGUUCAGACAGGGAAACUGUCCAAGUUCAUGAAUACUUCCUGUUGCUCUCAACUGUCCUUCAUGGACGAUGGUGAGCAGGGUGGUGACUACAGUGGUCACCAUGACAACCGUAUAAACCACACACACACACGGUCACCAUCUAGGUAUCAUGACAAUGUUCCUCUGACCUCUCCCUCCACAGACGUGCACAUGUACCUCCCAACCAAACUGUUUCGCUCCCGUCAGCCAAGCCUUCACCUGGUGGAUGGCUCAAAUGCCACACCUCCAGCCCAGAUGAAUCUGCCCAGGGACACGACUGGAGCUAUAGACUACCAGGCCCUGGUGCAGGUGCUGAAGCAGACCCAAAACCUUCAGGAUCAGGCCGACAUCCUCUACAUUUUCUUCAAAGACAAGGGUAUGGACUGGGACACUAAGCUGCACGGUAAAGGCUCCACUGUUAGACGGCUGCUGAGCAGUCUGUAUGACAAGGCUGGGAACCUGAAACACUGGGGCCUCGUCCGCAUGAUCUCUGGCAUGCUCCGGAAGAAAGUGGAGGAGCUGGAUGAGGCCUGUUCAGAUCUGCUGGCCCACCAGAAGCACCUGACAGUGGGUCUCCCCCCUGAGCCAAGGGAGAAGACCAUUUCAGCCCCCAUGCCCCCUGACAAGCUGGCAAAGCUAAUUGAUGUGGCCAGUGAAAAUAAUCUGACCAUCGCCAUUCUCACUCAGGAGAUUAUGGUGUUCCUGGCAAUGUGUAUCCGCACCCAGCCAAAACUCUUCAGUGAGAUGUUCCGUCUCAGGAUCGGACUGAUCAUCCAGGUCAUGGCUACUGAGCUGGCCCAGUCUCUCAACUGCUCUGGCGAGGAGGCCACUGAGUGUCUGAUGAACAUGAGCCCUUCAGAGCUAAAGAACCUCCUGCACCACAUUCUCAGUGGGAAAGAGUUUGGGCUGAUGAAGAGCGUGCGUCCGGGCGCAACAGGUACAGACUCCAUUGCCAUCCAGGAUAUUUCGCCUAACUCUAAGAGUGUGGGCGGGAGCAAACAUCUGAGUAAAGUGAGAAAGCUGCGGUACAGACUCCCAUCCAUCGAGUCGUUGCAGAGUGCUACAGAAAAGAUGGCAGUGAGAGACAGCCGCCAUGGCCAGUGGUUACGUAGGAGACGUCUAGACGGAGCCCUCAACAGAGUCCCUGUUGGCUUCUACCAGAAGGUCUGGUCCAUCCUCCAGAAGUGUGACGGUCUAUCUAUUGUGGGGUGCAUUCUUCCAGCGUCAACCACAAGAGAGAUGACCCCCGGUGAGAUCAAGUUUGCGGUGCACGUGGAGACGGUGCUGAAUCGCGUGCCCCAGCCAGAGUACCGCCAGCUGCUGGUGGAGGCCAUACUGGUGCUCACCCUGUUGGCCGAGGUGGAGCUGGAGAGCAUCGGCAGUGUCAUCCAUGUAGAUAAGAUAGUCCACAUGGCCAGUGAAAUGUUCUACCACGACCAGAAAGUGCUGGGGGCUGACGACAACCUUCUGGAGAAAGAUCACUCCAACGGGAUCUGCAGGCUGCUGUAUGACAGCGCCCCUAGUGGCCGCUACGGCACUAUGACCUACCUCUGUAAAGCUGUGUGCACCUACGUCCAGGACUUCUUGCCAAGCGGUGCAUGUGCCAUCCAAUGAGCUUCUAUUCGUCUGGGCCCUCCAAUUAGCUAACAGCAACACAUACUGUAGUAGGGCUCAGAACCUGAGAAAGGCUGAUUUUUAUCUAGUCACUCGACCUUUUCAUCAUGGAGGUUAAUUUGUUUUGAUAUAUCACAUAUCCCAGCAAGCCUGUGCCUGACCUGAACAAUCGCUGUGAGGGAUCCCAGUAUUUUAAAUACAAACUUCCUCUGAUAAUAUGGCAGAUUAUUCUCAGAAAAAUGCAUGAAGCUAGGUUUCCAGACUCGUUGUUAUUCACAGCAGGUAGAUGUUUCUUACCAUAAAGAUGGUGCACCGUGAUUCUAUGUCAGAGUGAGCGAUUGUUGCAAUACUAGUGGUAGUGCUGCUUUUGAAAAUGAUCAUUUUCCGAUUGUGUUUUUGUGACAGGUGUACUGUAUGGAUCUCUGAUUAAUACAGUGUAGUGGCAAUCUUCAUCUUGUACACUUUGUGAGUGACAGUGCUUCAAGGCUCUCUCAUAGCCAACUCAUAUGAUCCAAUCGGACAAUUAUUCAUGAGUAUGAAUGAUGCUUUAACCUGCCGAUGUUAGCUGUCAAGGUGAUUAUCUGUAUAUCCAAUAGAAACAUGCAUUGCACAUCUAACCAACAAGCUGUCACUGGUGAAAGAUACAGAGGCUACAGUGAGCAGCAAGAUGAGGACCGCUGCAAAAUAACGACAUAAAACCUGAGCAACAUAUGACAUUUUAUUCAAUUGUCUUCCAAAAACAACAACCUCUGCA